AGGCAUUGGCGGGGCCGACUACAGUCUCGUGGUGCCGUCCUCCAUGAGUGGCGCCAACGUCGAAAUUGUUUGUGCCCACGCGUGCGCCGAGUCAGCGUCAGCCUUGUUCUGUCAGUUCUUUAUUCUAUGGUUCUGUUCUGCCGUCGCUUUUUGUAACUAGUGGGAACGCUAUUGUGACGAAUGAAUGCCGUGUGGGCUUUUUGGAACAGUGUGUUUCGGUUAUACGCGUGUUUUUCUCACCCCGUCGCGUCCACGCAGCGAGCAAAGGAAGUGAUCUCGCACUCCCUGUAACGGCCUGCUGUGCGAAACUUCGCGUAUUGUUGGAGUCAUGGGGGCCUUUGCAUCUAAAGUUAUCAUUUGUCUGGAGAACCUGGAGCGAAAAGUUGUACUACUGCGACGCUUCGACAGUUCACUCAAAGGCUACACCAAGUCUCUGGAAGCUUUACAAGAUGCCAUGGGACAACAAAUCGAUGAACUGCACCAGUUCGUCCAGUUACAGUCGGCAGACCUGCAGUCCUUGGAGGUUGACCUUUCUCAGGGUUCUUCGAGCAUUGAGAGUUCAAAGAUGGAGCAGACUGUUAUUGGGGACUAUGACUCAGCAAUGGAAUAUAUUGAAGACUUUCUGGAGCAUGAAAAAAGCACAUUGCUUGGUGCACACCCCUUCAAGUUGAAACCAGAUUUGGCUGUUGGUGCCGCAGAGCAGACUACUUCAAUGUCUCCUUCGCAGCUCAAGACAGCUUCUCAUGAAAUGCCGGAUACAAUGAAACCAGACAUGGCGUUUGGUGAUGCUGAGCAGACUAUUUUGAUGUCUGUUUCUUCACAGCUCGAGUAUUCAGAUGAAAUGCAUGGAACAGUGAAACCAGACUUGCCUGUUGGUGAUACAGAGCAGACUGCUUUGGAAGCUUGCAUGGCAAAACUUGAAAUUGCUGGAGACAUAUUCUACAGUCAUCUACAGGAGCAAUGGGCACAUAUUUGUGACCUUUGUGAUGGCUUCGUUGUAGCAAUUCCUGAAAAUUGCCUGAAGACAUCCAUAAAAUACUGGAUGGAGCUUGUCAUGGCCCUGAUUAGCCAGAGAAGCAUCAAGGAAGAAGACAAACAUAUGAUUCACUUCUCCUGCAGGAGGAAUGCAAGGCUGAGUGUGGUGUGGCCCAAGAAGGACUGUCGCAGUCACAAAAUGCUGUUGUCCCUAAGGGACAACCUCCGCCAGCAAAUAAAAAUCCAGAUGCCUAGUCUCCAUCGGCAGCAAAGGCUGCAAGAACAGUUGCAGCAGGACGUAGACUUUCUUGACAUGGUGGCCAUAGAGCUUGCAACCUCAAACAUGGAUGUCAUUGACAAAAUGCAUGAGAAGCAUAUACAUGACAAGAAAUCCACUGCUACGGAGCUGCAGGCGCUGAUGCCAGAAGUUGAAUAUCUUAGUGCGAGUCUACAAGAACGAAACACGGCAGCACGGGCCUGUCUUGUUCCUGCUGAAAUGGCCGCAGCUGCUGAGGAGCCACCAGCCUGCAUUGAUAUCUUGGGAAAGCACCAAACUGCGAUCCUCCAAGAAGUCCUCAUGUUUCUUGACAACAUCCAAGUGGAGGAGGACGAUGCUGACCUUGAAAAACUCGCCAGCAAAGUUGCCACGACAGAAGAAGCUGUCAACACAGCAAAGAAGUGUAUUAUGGAGAGUGAUCCUGUUUCAGCUGUGAAAGAAGUUAUCGAUUCCUUACAAGCACUGAGGAGGCAAGGAGAAGUUUUUUUGCUCUCCAAAGCAAAAGUUGAGGGCCGCACCUUCAAAGAAUGGUUACCAGACAUUGUGAAAAGAUUUGAAUCGGGGCGCCAAGCUAGACAAUGCUUGAACCUAAAAGUUUCCACCUCUGUUUCAUAAUAAGUCUGUAAACAUGCCUUACCAGUUUUGAAA